AGUAACACAGUCAGUGGCAAUGACUCCGUAAGACUUCUUCAUCUUUUUUUCUUUCUAAAAGAAAAACAAAAGUAGGAUUAUGUCUCGGCUCUUGUGUUGCAGUUAGUUAACCAUCAUCGUCACUUAUUACCGGUCGCUGCGCUUUAGGUCACCGAACUGUUAUCUCUGUGAAAUACUGACACUUGUCGAGCUUUAUUAUACAGCUCUUUGAGAGUAAGCGAGCUUAGUCCUUGAGAGGCGCAUGUUGGAGAGCACGGCAUUUUAAAGAUAAUGUGUUUUGGGUGUGCUGCCCGGCAGGUGAGCAGUAAUGAAUAAGCGCUGAACAGCAGGAUUUCUGGAGGAGCGCUCGUCCUGAAUCUCUGCAGCCAUGGACUCCUGUAAACCGCCUUCAGGGUCUUCGUCCAGGAGGAGAAUGAAGGCUCAUGCUCCACCUCCGCCACCUCAACCUGCUCCACGUCACAUCUUCAGAAACUCUGAUGUGGGAGGGACGUCUGCCAUCGAGGCCAAAGAGAACAUCCUGAGGCCACAUAUGAACUUACAGUUAACCCUACCAAAGGGAAACCAACUUUUUAUAACUGAGGAUGGAAGUAAAGCUCUGAUGGACCUGCUGGUUGAGCUCUGUAGUCGCUACCACCUCAACCCAGCGCUGCACACCCUGGAGCUUCAGUCGCCUGAGGGAGAAUCCUUGGGGUUCAAGCCCAAUGCACUUCUUGGCUCCCUGAAUGUGGCCUGUGUCUUCCUCAAAGAGAAGGUGUCCGAGGACAAAUUCACGCGCAAAUCAGCACCCAAAGUGCCAGAGAAAACGGUGCGUUUGAUGGUGAACUACCACGGCAGCCAGAAGGCUGUGCUACGGGUCAAUCCACUGGUUGCACUACAGGUUCUGAUACCAGUCAUCUGUGACAAGUGUGAAUUAGACCCUGCACACGUCCUGGUCUUGAAGGACAGCGUCAGUCGUCACGAGUUGCCACUGGACAAAUCUCUGACAGAGCUGGGGGUCAAGGAGCUCUACGUGCAUGAUCAGAGUCUAGUUUUCCAGCCUAAAAUGGCUUCUGCCCCUGCCCUUAACUACCCAGAUUCUAUUAGUUACAGUACCACCAGUUUGGGAAGGCCAGAAAAGAAAGGUAUUCUGGGUAUCUUCCAAUUCAGCAAAAGGAAAUCCAAGACAGAGACAUCAUCUCUGGAGAUGGAUGACUGUGAUGAUAAAAUAAUCCAAAAUACAGAAAAUCAAUCCAAUGGUCUAUCCACAGUGUCAGGGUUCUCCUGCGUGGAGCAUCGGCCCACCACCAUAGGGCAGUCUCAGUCCGUCAUUGAUAUUCACAGGAUAUCCCCCAAGGCUGAGGCCAAGAAGCGGAGGGCCCCGGCACCACCUGGUGUCCCAACACCCAGCAUGAGACCUGCAAGCUUUGAGAGGAAUCAGGUAAUCCUUGGUUCAGAGAGCCAGCAACGGAAAAGAAAGGCUCCAGCUCCACCUCCCACUCCAUCUACCUUCAUGGGCGACUCUGAUGACACCUCAGUUUCAGCUGCUCCUACUCCUGAAGGCCGCUCUACUGAAACACCCACCCAAGUCUGCCACAUCAAGCUGGCACAGUCAAGCCCAGUCGCCGAUGCCCCCGUGGUAGCACAAACAGUAAAACCACCUCCUCUCAUAAUAGCAGUUCAGCCUUCACCUGCCACGCCAGCCCCCAGUUCUCCAUCUCUGAGCAGCAGCACCAUUGACAGCCUGGCUGUGCAGGAUUCCAGCUCUGACUUCAGCCACAGCCUUGAUGACUCAGACGCAGACCUAGAUCAGGCUGCCUCCUACUGCAGCACCAGCACAUUAAGCAGCUCUGUGCGGGUCCAGCCCAUCUCAAAAAGCUCCAGCGACAGGAACUUGGAAUCAGCCAGCAACACACUUGCCACAACAAAUCAAGAAGCAACUUCAGAGAAGAGCUCUAGGUCAGCGACAGAGUCGGACCUAAAUCUGAAAAUGGAUGAAGUGGAAAACAACAGACACAGUGCCGUCGCUUGGCCUUAUUCCAUGCAGAGUUCAGCAGCCAGUGGCCACAAACCAGAAACCGAAGCAUUUGAUGGCGAGACCCUGUCCCUGGACAGCAGCAGCAGGAGCAGCAGCCUGCCCGACCAGGUUUACGCAGCUUCUGAGGAUACAACCGAGGCCAAGGACUCAGGCAUGGUCAGUCCUCUGUCUGACACUCAGCCCACCUCCCUGAACGGGAGCCUGCGCCUUAAUGGAAGAAGUGGAGAGAAACUGAAGCGACCUGGGCGGGACGUUUCCUCUGACAGCGAUGAAGGAUGUGGCACCUGGGGAUCAAUACACAGGAACACUAAAUCUCAGGGACAUUUGGUCAACGCCUAUGAAGAAGACUCAGAGCUCACGUCCCAACUCCAUCAGACCUUGGCAGAUUUUGACGCAAACCUUGCAGACCAUGAAGAGGUUAUCUCAAGAAAAGACGCUGCUUAUAUCAUGUCCACCAACAGUAAUGACGUUCCUGUGUCUGUAGUGGACAUGGAUGUGCCAGUCACAGCCAUAGAUGAUGUGCUGCAGGAGUAUGACUGUAUUGUUGAAGAACAUGUGGUGAAAUCAUUAACCAACACUGAGCCAUCUCCCAGCAAGGGUCCAGGCUUUUGUCAGAAGCCCAAUGUGGAGCCACAGAACAAAAACAACAAUGCUUAUACAACUGCCGUCACUGCUAACAAAAGUAAUGCAAGUGCUAAGAAGUUAACUCAAUCGGAGCAGCGUAGCAAACCACCAGAAAACAAAUGUACUGCUGCUCAAAAGGAAGAAAAGAUAAUAGAGUCAAACAAUAAAGCAAGGCGUAUUGGUGAUGCCUACAAUAUAAAAGAGAAUAAACAUACAUUGGCGGUGAAAUCUAACGUGGACAUGCAAAAAGAUGGCAAGAACGCUGAGAUCAAGAAACCCGAGCAUCCUUCAAAGAUUCAGAGAUCAGUGUUUACAGGAAAAGACGAAGAGUUGGUCCGAUUUAACCAGAGCAACUCUGGUUUGAGCACUUCCCAUGGCAAAAUCACACGCAAUGUUACGUCGCGUUUUGGUAUGAAAACAUUUACCGUGGUCCCUCCCAAACCCACAGUUAUACAUGCUCCGACAACCCUCUCAGCUGCCACACUAACCACUGGUGCCAUUAAGAUUGACGAUCAAGGAAAUAUGGUGAUGGCGGGCAUCUCCCGGAAUAAAGCUAGUCGGUUAACUGAGUCACGGGAUAAUGCAGUUUCCCCUCCUCUUGAAAAGGCCAAAACGUUUUGGAGCUCAAAUGAGAGACAAGAAAAGGCUGCGUCUCAAAGAACAGGUCUGAAUGAUAAGGCUGAAGAGAGCGUAAAUGGCCUCCACAGUUCCACUAGCGUUGGUUUGGGAGUCAGUCGCCCAGAAUACCAUAGCACAACGCAAAGUACAGUUUCUAAACCUGUGCAGAUGGACCAAGUUAAUGUUCUGGUGGGAAAAGAAGCUAAGGAAGCUGUGCAAGAUGACAAAGUUGUGCGCAAAGAGUGGGCUGAGGUGCAGAGCAAGGUUUCAGUGUCCAAAAACGUUCAGCAGCCAAGAACUAAUCCUGCACUGCUUCCAGACUCGAAAAAGGAUUUGUCGUUCUUCAAACCAUCCAGGCGAACCUCAAGCCAAUAUGUGGCGUCUGCCAUCACCAAAUACGCCCCAAAGACCUCAGCUAAACCGAGCAGCAUCCCAAAUAUCCCUGACUACUCUGCUUCAGCAGCACCUGCUGGCCUUCAGGGACCUGGUCGCUCCACACAAGUGAAUCCACUCCAAUCUUUGCCAUCUUCGUCUUCAGAUAAUAAGGAAAAUGCCUCUACUCCCACAUGCAACCCACCUGGUUCCAAGAGGUCUAUGAGCUAUCCAGAGUAUAUGUCACAUAGUCUGAGACAGAAAGAUUGUGAAGAAGUGAAAUUGGACAGGAGGAGAUUUGAGAAAAAUGGCGUAUUAAACAAAGAAGGUUCCGAUACGUUGGACGCAGCCAAGAAUAAUUACAGUCAGUUCGGUGAAUCCACCCGAACAAUAGCGGCUGCCAAUAAUAACAGAGAUUAUAUUAAACACAUUCGACCUAGAAGCCCCAGCCCAGCAAAAAGCAGUGUUCCUCAACCUUCCUCUAAACCACCAACCGCCCAUACGACCACAUCUCAAGGCCAGAUAAGUGGUUUGAAGCACACGGCUGAGGAUGUGAACCCCUCAGCCACAGCGUCAGACGGGGGUGAGAGCCCGGGGCCUCUGGCAGUCACGCUGUUUGGGCCUGUUAAAAAGUUCAAGCCAGUGAUCUGCAGAUCUGUUGAGAAGGAGACAUCUCUCCACAGCAGCCUGAUGGAGGCCAUCCAGACCAACGGAGGCAGGGACAGGCUGAAGAAGAUAUCAGCGUCUGAUUCCAACGACCUGAAGAAAGAGUCUCAUGUUGAAGAAGAGAGUGAAAGGUCUACUCUUCUCACUGCCAUUAGAGCCCAGACUAACACCAGCAGGCUGAGAAAAACGAAAACUGAGGCUUCCCAUGAGUUGGAACAGUUGAGGAAAUUAACAUCUGAGAGGGAGAAAAGUGCAGAUUCUUCCUCUUGCCCUCCCUCUAUGACAUGCUCUUCCCUUGUCUUAACGCCACCUGCACCUCUGGGUGCAGCGCCGCCCCCUCCCCCCCCUGCCUUGCCCCAGGGUAAGCCAAACGUUGCGGCGCAUCCGAACCCUAACAACCCCACAAAUCCUUCCCUGGCCAGAGAGGCAAUGCUGGAGGCAAUCCGCUCGGGAUCUGCGGCCGAGGGGCUAAAAAAGGUCUCUGUGCCGACAAAAACAGUCCACGUGAAUGGCAGACUAGGGACAAUUCAAGUUCAAGCGGCCUCAUCAUCAAAUCUGCGACCAUAAGUGGAGGGUCCCACGUCCCGGCAACAAGGAAACAGCUUUCAAAUGGAACUUCAUAUUUAUUUUCUGCCACUUUGCUUUUGCAACAAACAUUUAAAAAAAUAAUGAUGAAAUAAUGGAUCCAGUCACAUUUUUUUGUGAAAAAUGUUUGCACUAAGAGAAAAAACAAUACAAUAAAUGAAAAAACUGAGAAACAUUUGUUUGCGCUACCUAUGAGCUAGAUAAAAAAAUUGGGGCCUUAUUUUAAAGGAAUAGUAAGACAGGGAUAUUAUUAUUCUCCCUUUCAUUAUAGUUUUUUUCUUGAAGAAAAUGGGAAUGGUGUAGACAUUUCCCUUUGAAAGGAGACUGUUUGUCUGGUAGAAGCCAAGCCAAAAGGCCGAGAAAAGCAUUGUGGGUGAAAGAUUAAUGCAGCGUGCAGUUAAUGCCACCCAGCAAUAUCAGAAAGCUCGAACUCCAACAACAACUCUCUCAGACUUGUUUGCGUCCAGCUUUAUGAACAUAUUACUGUUCCUGAAUACAUCUUGCCAUCUGUACUUCAGUUCAGUUGUCGAAACCAGACAUAUGUACAUAUGUACAAAAAUGUGUGCCAAUGAAAGCAAAUAUAAUGGUAUGUGAGAUUUUCAGCGAAUUUUUGGGAUAUUUCUAUAUUUGCCUUUACCACAGUAAGUUAUGGCUGCCUUAUACUGUUGCUCAGUGUUAUGUAUAUGAUGUUGAUAUAAAAAUCAUUUAGAGGGGGUGCAAUAAGUUGGAUUUUUCCAGUUAUGGACUACUUACAAUGUUAUUUUAACAAAUUAAGAGUAUUUAAAACAUAUGUAUACUUAGAAAAACAACCAAUGGCUAGGUCUGCUGGCAGUGCUUGAAGUGUGAGGUUUUUAUGCAGAACCAUGUCCAUCACGCCAACCUCUGCCUGACUCGGAGGAGGACUCAAAUACUGACAGCUGGCUUGUGCCCAUUUGUUCUUUAUGUUCAUAUCGUAACGCUCAUUUGUACUGCUGUUAAAAAUCAAAAAAUUGUCAAACAUAAUGAGUAACAUGAAGAAUUCUUUGUUGUUUCUUGUCAUGUACACUACUGCUAUUUGUAUAUGAACAUGCUGGAGGUCACCGUUGGCAAAACAAUUUUAUUUAAUCAGUAAGUCAUUGCCAGUAUAUUUUGGACCAGCAGUUGUAGAAAAAAACGGUUAUAGAGGUUAUGUUGCCUUGAUUUAAGUAUUAUUGCAUUUUGUUCUGCUCUUCCACUCAACAUCUGUAGCAUGGAGGUCUGAGGGUGGGCUGUCAUCACCAUGGAGAUGCCUUACAGUGGUUGUAGUUGAAGUUACUUCAUGCUGAAUUAUCUUUAGAGUAAAGAUAAAGCCUCCACAUUCAGGUUUGUAUAUUUACUGCUGUGUAUUUUUAAAUGAUUUUGGUUGAAGACAGUUCAAUUAUUAGUAUAAAGAGAUUUAUUUCAACUGUUAACAACAUCCAUAAGAACUUUUCCAACUUUAUUUGUUCAAUGAUGUUUAUUUCAUUUCCUCUGCACACGUGAGACUACAGCACAGUGUAGCAUUGUAUAUUUUAUAAACUUCAAGAAAUCGUGAUAACUGAUUUAUACCACGAGUAGAUUGAAAGAUUUUUAAGCUGUUGCUUUUUAUUUUUUUAAAUUUUUUUUCGUGGAAAGCUUGCACGGUUAUUUGUACCUACUAAACUUUAAAGUCAAUAAAUCAUUUUGUAAUCAACUGAAAAUUGAA